UAUUUUAUAUGUUUAUAUAUACACACACAUCUACAUGUGUUAAGUCUAUUCUAAAGUGUUUGAAGAUUGAUUUCCCUUCCACUGAUUCAGAUUUGACUGCGAGGUUUAUUAAGUACCCAUUGUGGUUGUGGGACCAUGAUAAAGGAGAAUGGUAGUAAUGUCCAAGUUACACAUGGUGGAAGGAUUCGGCGUCGUAAAGGUUCAAAUGAGGUUCCAGGUGAUGUAGGCCAAUCGAAUGGAAACAACCACUUGCUUGUAAAUGAUCAAAAUAAGUACAGAUCAAUGUUGAUUCGUGCUUAUUCAAGUAUCUGGAUGAUUGGUGGUUUUAUAUUUGUUGUCUACAUGGGGCAUCUUUAUAUAUGGGCCAUGGUUGUCAUUAUACAAAUCUUUAUGGCAAAAGAGCUCUUUGGGUUACUAAGAAAAGUAAACGAAGACAAACAGCUCCCAGGAUUUAGGCAUUUAAAUUGGCAUUUUUUCUUCACAGCGAUGCUAUUUGUAUAUGGUCGAAUACUUAGUCAACGCCUGGUCAAUACUGUCACAACAGACAAGUUUUUAUAUAAAAUAGUGGGAAAUCUUAUCAAAUAUCAUAUGGUUACCUGUUAUUUCCUUUAUAUAGCAGGUUUUGUGUGGUUCAUUCUGUCACUAAAGAAAAAGAUGUACAAGUAUCAGUUUGGGCAAUAUGCAUGGACACAUAUGAUCCUUAUUGUGGUUUUCACACAGUCAUCUUUCACAGUAGCCAAUAUUUUCGAAGGGAUAUUCUGGUUCCUCCUUCCUGCAUCAUUGAUUGUGAUCAAUGACAUUGCUGCUUAUUUUUUUGGAUUUUUCUUUGGAAAAACACCUUUGAUUAAGUUAUCACCAAAGAAGACAUGGGAGGGAUUUAUUGGAGCUUCUGUUACAACAAUUAUAUCUGCCUUUGUGCUUGCUAAUUUUAUGGGUCGUUUCCAUUGGUUAACAUGUCCCAGAAAGGACCUAUCAACUGGUUGGCUCCAGUGUGACCCUGGCCCACUUUUUACACCAGAGACCUUCAUUUUACCUGGAUGGCUUCCUGAAUGGUUUCCAUGGACAGAGAUGCAAGUUCUACCAGUGCAAUGGCACGCAUUGGGACUUGGACUUUUUGCUUCAAUUAUUGCACCUUUCGGUGGCUUCUUCGCUAGUGGUUUCAAAAGAGCCUUCAAGAUCAAGGAUUUCGGGGACAGCAUUCCUGGACAUGGUGGAAUGACAGACAGAAUGGAUUGUCAAAUGGUGAUGGCUGUCUUUGCAUACAUCUACCAUCAGUCAUUUAUUGUAGCUCAAAGCGUAUCAGUUGGGAUGAUUUUUGACCAGAUUGUGAUGAAUCUGUCAUACGAGGAGCAAAGGGUGUUGUACAAUAACCUAGGACAAAUACUACAAGACAGGCAGUUUGGUGAAUCUUGAAGAAGAUAACAAUUACAUUUUUGAUUUGUACUAUGUUUGACUUUUGUUAUGAUCGUUUUUUGUGGUAUUGCAUCAUAUCAUACAAUACAUAUAUAUGCACAUGUGUAUAGUGGUUGGUUGCUCUAUCCCUUCUUUAAAAAAAUGUAGAUGGAAAUGGAAUCAAACAAACACACAUGUAUCCAUCCAUUAUUUUUGUAUCAUUUUCAACUUUUCUUACUUUCUCUUUUUAAAUUUAUAAAUUAUCA